GGUUGAUUUUUAAUUUAAUACAAACCAGUGAAGAUGACACCAAAACAUGAAAAACAAGAAUUUGUAACUGUCUUGGUGCGAGACCCCAGGACACAGAAAGAAGACUCAUGGCAUUCUUACAUAGAUUAUGAGAUAUUUAUUCACACAAACAGUAUGUGCUUUACAAGGAAAACAUCCUGUGUUAGACGACGCUUUCGAGAAUUUGUUUGGCUUCGGCAGAGGCUUCAGAGCAAUGCAGUGCUUAUACAGCUACCUGAACUACCAUCUAAAACUCCCUUUUUCAAUAUGAACAAUCCUCAUCACGUGGACCAUCGCCGGCAGGGUCUGCAAGAAUUCCUGGAAAAAAUCCUACAAGAUGCAUUAUUGCUUUCAGACAGUAGGCUUCACCUCUUCUUACAGACUCAGCUAAGCCCAGAAGAUAUGGAGGCUUGUGUAUCUGGACAGACCAAAUACUCUGUUGCUGAUGCGAUUCAUAAGUUUGCCUCUUUGAACAGACGUUUUCCUAUAGAAGAUGAAGAGAGAAAAAAAGGAAAAAAUGAUGCGUACUCGGAUUCAGAGAGUUCAUCCUCCGGGCUCGGACCUAGUGAUGACAGCAUUUCAUGUGGAUGUAAAGCAAGCCCAGCUUCUGAAGAAUCAUGAAAAAUCAUUCCUGUAUUGCUAUCUUAAGGACAGUACAAAGCAGUUUCUGCUCUGUUUACUGGUUACGUGUACCACGCAAACACGGCUGGCUGGUAACGCGUACCUAAAAGACGCGUCAUCAAUACAACCAUAUGUCCUUAGAAAAUUUUCAAAACAGACCUUGAUACUAUUUCUUUGUUGAGUUAUUAUGUACGUUGAUUCAGGUCUAUGCGCUAUCUAUUACAUUUAGGUUUUUGUGACUAUUAAAAUCUCAGUGUUGGGUAAGCCAUGCUCUGCUGACAUACGUGGCAGUUAAAAUAUUUCCCCUAGUGAGUGUAUGUCUCGGCUCUGAAAAAUAAAGGGAACUUAAUUCCUCAGCUUAAAAGUUGGUGUAUCAUAUCAAACGUAUUCAAAGCAUCUUUUUGUAGUUUGCAUCAGAGAAGUUUCAUCUUUAGAAGUCAUUUGACAUUGGUGAUGAAAUUACAUACCCCACAAGGUAUUCACUUUUUAAAGUAGCUCAGCAACAUCAGCAAAACAACAUUUGUACAAACUAUAUGCUGCUGACAAUUUGAGAGAUAAAUAUAUCUUCCUCUGGUCUGUCUGUAAUGUUUAUGGAAAGCUUGGGUUUAUCAUGCAUAAGAACUGAAGGCCAAAAUUCUUGAGCGUGGUUGCUUAAAAGUUAGAAAUAUUAAUAAAAAUGACAUCAUUUCUAGGCUUGCUGGAGAUUCUCAGUUCCCCGGGAAUUACGCAUGCUCGUUCCCAGUGAAAAUCCUGGAUGAGGUCCAUUGAAACCAAUGGCUGAAUUUUGCAUCGACCUCGCGAGGGCCAGGAUUUCACCCAGCGCGUUUAACUUUAGGCAAUUCCAUUUGGAGACGCCGGGAGAGAUGUUUUAGUUUAGCAGUUUAAGUGGAGAUUAUCUCCCUCUCCGAGACGAUGAUAAUCACAUAGCUAUAACGCGCUGUACGGAUGUGGACCUCUCCGCUCUUUGGGAGUAACAGGAGCUGCUGAUUUCAUUGUGGCUGUAGUUAACACGUUAGAAUAUUGACUUUUUCACAAACAAAAGGCAGGCUUGAACACAACUUCGUAACCACCAACACUUAUUUUGAUUAAACGUCAGUUUUGCUCUUUAGUGUUAACAGCAGCUGCGUAGUGUCUUGUCCCAGAUUCUGUCAAAGGAAUAUGUUUCACUGUGGUGUUGUAUUUAUAUUUGACAUUUAACUGCUAUUAAAGAGAGCUAGGGGGUCUGAUCACCCUAGCAAAGCUCCCAUUAACUUCAGUGCUGUAGUUACCGGCCUAGAAAUAGAUUUUUCUUUUUCUUUUUUUUUAAGAAUUCUCUGGAUACUUUCAAAGAAGGAGCAUUUUAAGCCUGUGAAUUACAGAAACAAUAGAUUAUUAAAUGGCCAGAUAAUAAAGGUUAGCAUAGGCGUGUGUGGGCAUGCUUGUUUAAAGCAUCCAGCUGGGGAUCUGUGUAAUUUUAGAAACAUGUUUUAAUAGCCUGAGGAUAACAUCUCUUAGGUAACUGCUUUAAGCCACUGUAUUUUGUUGAUGGUAGCACUUUUAUAAGAUAAAUAUCCACGUUUCUUUUUGCUCGGUCUUACUGAAUUGCACAAAUGUAUCUAUUCACCUUCUCGGCUUGUGUGUGAGUUAGCAGCAAAGCUAUUUUAAUGUAAAAGUGAUAACAUUUAAUUAAAGCAACAAGUUAUCACUAAAAGUAGCUUAAAAAAUAGCUGUUAUUGCCAGGCAGAGAUGUUUGAUUACUUGACUUUUUUUUUUUUUUGAGAUGGCACAUUACAAGAAAAAUUGUUUAGCAAAUUUAU